UUGGUUGUUAUAGAACACACCAUCCAAUGGGCAAGGGACAAGUUUGAGAGUGCGUUUGCCCACAAGCCCACCAUCUAUAAUAUGUUUUGGCAGACCCACUCCUCUGCAGAAGCCGUGCUACAGAGGAUGCAGCAGAGGGAGACUCUGGAGGGGGCGUUCCAGGUUGUCAAGCUGCUGAGUCGACGGCCCAGCCAAUGGGAACACUGUAUCAUUCUGGCACGCCUCAAAUUCGACAAGUACUUCAAGAGAAAGGCUCUACAGCUGCUACACUCCUUUCCUCUGGACACUCGGUUAAAGGACGGCAGUUUAUUCUGGCAGUCACCUAAACGACCCCCGUCUCCCAUAGAGUUUGACCUGAAGGACUCACUGCACUUCAGUUUUGUCGUGAGCGCAGCUCGGCUUUAUGCUGAAAUCUACAACAUCCCCUACUCAGAGAAGGAUCUGUCGCAGGAAGCAGUGUCCAGGAUGUUGUCAGAGAUUACCGUCCCAGAGUACAGGCCAGCAGAGAAGCGUAUUGAGACUGAUGAGAAUGUGAAGAAGCCUGAUCAGAUGAAGCUGUCCGUAAGCAGCGAGGAGGAGAGAGAGGCCAUCGCCCAGUUAGAGGAGGCUAUCACUGCAGACCACGUUACACCAGAGAGGUUACGGAUGUCUCCCCGGAUGUUCGAGAAGGACGAUGACCUCAACGGCCACAUGGACUUCGUGGCGUCGGCCUCCUCCCUCAGGGCCAGGAUGUACUCCAUCGAGGUGGCCGACCGCCUCAAGACCAAACGCAUCGCCGGCAAGAUCAUCCCCGCCAUCGCCACGGCUACCGCCGCCGUCGCCGGGCUGGUGUCGUUGGAGCUGGUGAAGGUGGUGGGAGGGUACGGGUUUGAGUCGUACAACAACUGUUUCUUCAACCUGGCCAUUCCUGUCAUGGUCCUCACCGAGGCGGCACCUGUCAAGAGAACACAGAUCAGGGAAGACAUCUCUUUCUCUAUCUGGGACCGCUGGACUGUGUGGGGUCACCAACACUUCUCCCUCUCGGACUUCAUCAACGCAGUGCUG